AAUAUUCAAGUUCAUCUCCAUAAAGUAGCGGUUUUGAACGGAGAUUAAUUGGAGCGACCUUUUAAAAUUCUACACGGGUCAAGAUAUAGAUAAAAUCAUGACCGUUGAAUUAUGUUGAUGUAACUAACGGUCGCCGUUAAUCUUCCUUCUACGUUAUCUACACCCUUCUCUCUUCUCCAUUGAAGCAGCUUCUGAGGACUGAACUAUGAAGAUGGACCUUUUCUCCCUCGGCCCCGGGCGGCCACCCCUCUUGCCCCGGCUCGGUGACGGACCUGAUACUAUUAAUAAAUUUCAUGGUCUAGGAGCAAGAUUAUGGGGGGUUAGUUUGCUUAAUGAGUCCGAAAGACGGCGAAAGUCUGUCAAUUUUAGGACUAUGGUUGGUAAUAUUGAAAAUAGGUUGGUUUCUCAGCAAGGUGGGAUUCCAUUUAUUGAGGAUGAAGGUGUAGCACAACAAUUGUAUAAUCCAUUGGGUUCGAAAGGGGGUGGGAUGAAGUUAUGCUAUUUAGAGGAAAGGGAUGAAGGGGAAUUGUCUAAACGAAUUUUGGGUCUUAGUCGAACCAAUAAGAGAAAGAGUGCAAUGCAAUUGUUUAGGUCGAUGGAGUUUGCUAGAUUACGGCCUGAUUUACAUGCCUGUAAUUCUUUAUUAGCUUGUCUUUCGAGGAAUAGGAUGUUGGAUGAUAUGCUAAGAGUGUUUGCAUUCAUGAAGCGUGAGAAGAUAAUUUCGGGGCAUUCAUGUAGUUUAGUAUUGAAAGCAGUUGCAAGUUAUCGCGGUAGUGAUAAAGCCUUGCAAAUUUUUAAUGAAUGGGAGAUUGAAAGUGAGAUGAAGCAAUGUUUUGAUGCGAUUGUUUAUAAUACUAUGAUUUCUAUAUGCAGUAAGGAGAACAAUUGGGUUCAAAUGGAGAGGAUAUGGAAUUCUUUGAAGGAAAAUGGGGUUACCGGAACGGAAGUUACUUAUCGUCUACUUGUUUGUACAUUUGUCCGUUGUGGUCAGUAUGAGAUGGCUAUCCAGGCCUAUGCUGAGAUGCUUCAGAAUGGACUAAAUCCUGGCCGUGAUACAAUGCAUGCUGUCAUAGGUGCUUACACCAAAGAAGAGAAAUGGGAUUUAGCUUUAAAUGUGUUCCAAAGUAUGCUAAAUUGUGGCUUGAAGCCAAAUCUAAUUGCUUGUAAUUCUUUAAUAAACUCGCUAGGGAAAGCCGGUAAGCUCAAAGAAGCAUUUGGGGUUUAUAAACAUAUGAAAUCCUUGGGCCAUACACCUGAUUCGUACACAUGGAAUGCCUUGCUAGCUGCUUUCUAUAAGACCAAUCAAUAUGCUUUUGCUCUCCAGUUCUUUGAAAGCAUACAGAAAGAUUGGAGCUUUGAACCAAAUUUACAGCUAUACAACACUGCUUUAAUGUGUUGCCAGAGGCUUGGUUUUUGGGAGAAAGCUCUGCAGUUUCUUUGGAAGAUGGAAAAUUCCGGAAUGUUGGUUUCAACUUCAUCGUACAAUAUAGUUAUUGGUGCUUGUGAGGUUGCUAGAAAACCAAAAGUUGCAUUACAGGUUUAUAAGCACAUGGUUCAGCAGAAGUGUGCCCCAGACACUUUCACUCAUUUGUCUCUAAUCAGAAGCUGCAUUUGGGGAGAUCUAUGGGAUGAAGUAGAGGACAUUUUGAAUCAGGAGUCAUCACUUGAUGUAUCUCUUUAUAAUGCUGCAAUUCAUGGAAUGUGUCUUAGAGGGAGGAUUGAGUCAGCCAAGAGACUAUACUUGAAAUUGCGUGACGUUGGCCUUGUACCUGAUGGAAAAACAAGGGCAUUGAUGCUUCAAUAUCUGCAACGUGUUAACUCGAGGCUGUUGAAAAAGAGCAGGUCGGCAAUACCCGCAAAAAGACAGCGAAGGGGAGGGAGAAGUUAGAAGAAACAAGCCAUGAGAGGCAUCCUGUAAGCCAAUUACAACUGGAAGUUGUAGGAGACUCUGUAACGUGGUGUUCAUGAACUGCAGGGCUUAUACAGACAUGAAUGCAGAAAUCUAUAGUUGGCAAAUGGUGGAUAUGACCAAGGACCUGCUCUGCUUGUUGAUAAACCAACUGUCGUACUUUCUGUAGCCGGAACAUAUUACUUGCAGAAACUGAGAAAAUAAGGAGUCAGGAAGGUCCUUCAUGCAUUCAAAGAACUAGGAUUACAGUAUUGAAAGUCAUAACCGAUGGAUUGGCAGAGUAUUGAUUGGCCAAAAAGACCUAUCAUCUUCAUUUCAUAUGAAGAAGAAGCAAUUGAAACUAUUCUCACUUCCAGAGCUGGCAAGUUUCCAACGUCUUUGACAUUGUUGAUUGGCCAGAAGAAGCAAUUGAAACCUAUUCUCAGUUCCAGAGCUGGCAAGUUUCCAACGUCUUUCCGGUUAAAUAGACAUAAAGAUAGUGUCACCUUCUCAGGAUGAGAGUCAGAACUAAGAUUCAGCCAUCAUGUUGGAUGAAGUCUCUAAGGAAAGUAUGCAUGACAGGAGCAGUGAUUUUAUUGAUGAUGUUGCACCUGCAGAUUAGGAGCCAAAGUUCCAACAUGGAUAAUUAAGGCUCCAUAUGAGUACAUUAAUCAAGCAACAUUCCUAGAUCUUGUAACAGUUGUAAGUAAAGAGUUUGGGAUUUUGGAUCCUCAUCAAUUCUUCAAUGUUCAUGCAAUUGCGUCUGCCUUGGAUGUAGAUCUGAUGAUGCAAAUUGGUGAGUUUACAAUCAAAUAUGUCUCCACUUUGUUGACAUGAA